AGGAUUUGCACAGGCAGCUUGUCUGGGGUCUUUGAUCUUUGAUCAGUGCUUAGUUCGCCUAUACAAUGGGAGUGUCUGAGCCAGCUGCAAACACCUCUCCCGCGAGUGUCAAUGAUCCCGAGGAUGAUAAGAAAAAGACGCAGAAGGACAAGUGGAAGUCAAUGUUCUCUCUCACAAAUCCAGACCUUUGGAUUGCAAUCUCAGUGAUCGUGAUAAUUAUUUGUUUGAUCUUCAAUGCCAUCAUACAAGGAAAGGAUUUUUUUAGGGAAGAGUUGCCGUGGAGUUUGGUUGUCUACUACCUCGUUUUCAUUGCUUGCGCGCUGGUUUUCAUCCCCUAUGGGCCUUUCUGUAUUGCCAUCGGUUUCAUUUUCGGACUUGGCUGGGGAUUUCUCAUUCAAAUGUUUGCAAUCUUCAUCUCCUCAGCGGUUUUGUUUGUGAUUGGUCGCUACCUCUUCAAGGACUACGUCAGUCUUGUCGGUUCGAUGGAGGUGAACGAUCUCAUUUCCAAAUCGGAUGGAGCACAUGUAUGGAAGGGUUUGAUGAAGUAUAUGGGGCAAGAUUGGAAGGAGGCCGCAAAGAUUAACCUUCUGCUUUGCUUCAUGCCAGUCCCAUAUGGUUCACACCCUUAUCUCUUCUCUCUCACAACAGUUCCGUUUGAGCAAUUUGUCUUCUUUUUCAUGCUGGGGAUGAUCCCAAACACGAUUUUGAACUUGUUGAUUGGUGAAGCGCUUUUGGAAGCUGCUGAUCCCGGGGGGACGAAUAUCUAUCACUUCAUCGGGACUGGCAUCGCCAUCGUUGGGAUUAUGAUUGCUGUCUGGUACGCCAGCAGCAUUGCCCAGGAGCUCCUUCAUGCGCUUCAAGAAGCCUUCGCUGUCGUCGUUGUCCGCUCGAGCCUGAGCAGCAAUCUUGGCCAUGAGGUCUCUUCGUUCAAGAAGCUGCUCGCCCAGUUCUGUUCGAAGCUCCUGCUGCUCAUCUUGCUCGUCGAGAAGGUGUUGGAUCUCAUCCUGAAGCCUUGCGUUCUCCUCCUCCGUCUCACUCAGAGCAGACAUCACUGUUGCAACAAACCCGAACGUCAAAAAGCAGCAAGCGUCACCAAAACAGCAAAGACGGCAAGCAUGAGCAGCACAUGUCACAAAUUCUUGAUCGCAUCGCAAGUUCGUGAGAGGGAAAAAUGUGUUCAAGCAGGGCAGGCACAGAAGGCAGCAUACGGAGGAGAGGAGAUGGAGCUCCGGCCGAUCAACGUGUAUGACCUCGAGAGGUUCGCGGGGUCGUCGACCAACGUCUGGGAGAAGUUGGGCAAGAGGUCGUCAGGACCAGGGCAGAAGGAUCAUGGCAGGAGUCAGCAUGCCGGCUUCACAUCCAUGCUGUGCCUGCAGUUCGAGAACAAGCCAUACAGGAGCGCCUUGAUCUGCGGGCAUACCUCGGGCUCCAUCCACAUAUGGCGGAAGCAACGGUCGGUGUUCGAGACUAAGGACUUGAGCAGCAACGGGGUGGAAGCGAUCAAGCCAUGGUGGCCGAAGAGAGACGACCAGCGAAGCUCGGAGAUGACCAACGUGUUCCACAAGGCGCAUGUCACCGUGCUGAAGAUGCAGCCCAAGACAGACUACCUGUAUACAGGAUCCGCAGACCGCACCAUCAAGCUGUGGGAUAUCUUUGAGAACGAGAGGCAGGCAGUCUUGCGACAAACGUUCACAGGGCAUGGUGGCACCGUCACUGACAUCGCCUUCGCUGCUCAGAUAGAGACAGGAAACUCGCCGGGGCUGAUGAUCAGCGGGAGCACAGACAAGACUUUGAUUGUAUGGAAGAACGCGGAUGGGCGGGAGAUGAUGUUGUACCCGUUCUACGUCAAAAUGCGGGUGUUGGAUAUGAAGAUCUGGCCUAACACUCUUCUCUUCGUGUCCACGAGGAUGAACCAGGGAGAGUUGUACAUCGGAGACAGUGAGGGAGAGAUCAGGAAACUGAAGUUCGACUCUGAAGCUCAGGAUGGGAUUGUAGAUAGCAACCCUAGCAAGUUUCAUAACAAGAAGCUCGGCAUCCUUGCUCUCGUAGCAGAGAUCCACGAAGGCGUUUUGUUUAGUAUCAGCAACGACACGACUAUCAAGGUUUGGGAGAUCGCUUCAGGCACACCUCGCAAGUCGUUCAAGGAAGAAAACAGAAUCGGAUAUGGGGUGGAGAACAAAAUGAUGCGAUUUAACUGUAUCUGCGUGAAUACAGCUACACAGGACAUCAUGCUGGGAGAUGAUUUGGGAAUCCUGCACAUCUGGAACUGGAUUUCGGAAAACAAGAUCUACAUGGAGCAGAUCACCUCCGAGCCCAUAUUGAACAUUUACUGCACUCCGUCGGGAUCAGAGGACAACAUUUAUGGUCAAAAUAAUGUCUUGCACUCAUGCGCACUUGACAACACGAUACGCGUUUGGGAUCCCAUCAACAUGCAGUGCAACAAUAUGGUCAGAGAAACAAGAAAGACGGAAAUCUCUGCUUUUGCCAUCAUUGAAAGGAUCGGGAGCCUCGUAACAGGAAACGACGAUGGCAGUUUGAGGAUCUGGAAUCUUGACAACGGUCAGCAUUCCUUCACUCCUGGUCACUCCAACUCCAGCGAUCCUUCUGGACGAGACUUUCUCUUCUCCUGUGGAUUUGAUGGAGAUGUCCUCACCUGGGAAGUUCAAAACGUCAAGUCCAAGUCCCUGCUGUUCACUGCGGAUGAGAUUGAGAAAGCGAAAGCGAAAGCGUCGAGCUCGGAGCUAUCCGUGAAGAAACUCAUUCAAGUUGGCAAGACCAAGGCUCACACCUCCGAAGUUCUCUGCUGCGCAUACAUGCCUGCCUUCGUCAACCCGCACAAAUAUCCUCAGGGCUUGCUUGCCUCUGCCGGCAAUGAUCUCACGAUUAAAGUAUGGCAUGUGAGCGAUCGGCAAGAGCUUGAGCUUGCCUGCAUGCUCGAUUCGUAUGAAAGCAUUGAUGUCAAGCAUCUGUGCCAUAGAGAUUCUAUCUCGUGCAUGGCCAUAGACGGGAACUUUCUCUUCACGGGCUCAGACGACCAUUCGAUCAAGAUUUGGGACAUGUCAGGGAAUCUGCUGAUCAGAGUGCUGGGCGAGUCAAGCAAUGGACACUCAGACUCGAUUCGCAAGAUGCUCAUCAUGGAAACUGAGGGCUUCCUGGUCUCCCUGUCUGUGGACAACGAGUUGAAACUUUGGAACUACACUAAAGCAGAAGUUCUCUGGCAGAUCAAACACGAAGACAACGACAUCACCGGUUCCUCUUCAAGGUGCUUUUGUUAUGAUGAAUCGAAGCGAAGCUUGGUAUGUGGAACAGAAGAAGCGACCAUUAUCACGAUUGAGAUCCCGGAGUUUGUUUUCAAGUCUGCAGGGCCAGAGCUUGUCAAGCAGCCCAUACUUUCAGAAGACAUCAUCACAUUGUCCAACGACGAUGUCGAGACAGAAGAACAAGAGGUUUCGCUUUCAAAUGGCGAGGAAGAGAUUAAGAGUUAAGAUAGUUACGGUUUGAAACAAACAAAAAUUCCAUCUG